CGCGGCGGUGGCGGCGUAGCUGCAGCUGUAGUAGCAGCCGCGAAGAUGGCGGAGGGGUUGGAGCGUGUCCGGAUCUCCGCGUCGGAGCUGCGAGGGAUCCUGGCCACUCUGGCUCCGCAGGCCGGGAGCAGAGAAAACAUGAAGGAGCCUAGGCAGCGCAAGGAUAACAGGCGCCCUGAUCUGGAAAUCUAUAAGCCCGGUCUUUCUCGACUAAGGAACAAAUCUAAAAUCAAGGAACCCUCUGGGAGUGGCGAAUUUAAGGAUGAUAUUAUUAAUGACAGAGAUUCUUCUGCUGUUGGAAAUCGUACACAACUCAUUAAAGAUGUGUGCAAGGAAGUGAACAACCAACAGCAAAAUGGUCCUGUAGACUCAGAAAAUAUUCUGGCACAGGAAUCCUUUCCUAGGACUGCUGGACAAGAGGAUCGAAGUCUAAGAAUUAUCAAGAGAACAAAGAAACCUGACAUGCAGAUCUAUCAGCCUGGAAGGCGCUUGCAGACUGUUACCAAAGAAUCAACUAGCCGGGUGGAUGAAGAAGAAAUGCUCAACCAGGUGGAACAACUGAGAGUAGAGGAAAAUGAGAAUAGGGGAAAUGUGAAAGAGGAGGUUGUGAAUAAACUGGCCAAAGAUGAGGUAGAAAAGGGCCUAAAUGGUGACAGAGUAAGGGCUGUAAAGGGAGAAAAAGGAAAGAGGAACGAAAAAGGGGAGGGGAUGAAGAAAGUGAGCGAAGACCUGGCACAGGGGAAGCUGGGUUCUGCAAAGCGCUACUCCCGCUCAGACAAACGAAGGAACCGCUAUCGCACUUGCAGUACCAGCUCAGCUGGUAGCAACAACAGUGCUGAGGGGGCUGGCCUGACUGAUAAUGGGUGUCGUCGUCGACGACAGGAUCGAACCAAGGAGAGGCCGCGACUGAAGAAGCAAGUUUCUAUGUCCUCAACGGACUCCUUAGAUGAGGACAGAAUUGAUGAACCUGAUGGGUCCAGGAGGAGCUCAGAAAGGAAGAAACAUUUAGAAAGAAGCUCGUCUGGCCGUGGGGAGGGACAGCAGAAAAGCAAUGGUAAAGAAAAUCGAGGCACCCUUCAUGUCACUUUCGAUGCAGAAACCAUGAACAAAGUUUCCCCUAUGGUGAGGUCAGCAAAGGAGGAUGGGGAUAGGAUAAAGCCUGACAAAGGCUUGAGCAGUCAGGGCAAAGGUUCUGAGAAGCAGGAGUCCAAAAACCUGAAACAGGAACUUCGGGGUCAGGGCCGUGGCAUACUGAUUCUCCCUGCCCAUACCACCCUAUCUGUCAAUUCUGGCUCUUCAGAGUGUACACCCUUGGGACCUCGGCUUUUAUUUGGAUCUGGUAGUAAGGGAUCUCGGAGUUGGGGCCGAGGAGGUACCACUCGCCGGUUGUGGGACCCAAACAAUCCUGAUCAGAAACCGGCUCUAAAGAGCCAGACACCCCAGCUACAUUUCUUGGACACUGAUGAUGAAGUCAGUCCUACAUCUUGGGGUGAGUCACGUCAGGCCCAAGCAUCUUACUAUAAGUUUCAAAACUCUGACAACCCUUAUUAUUACCCCCGGGCGCCAGGCCCCGCCUCCCAGUAUCCUUAUACAGGCUAUAGUCCCCUGCAGUAUCCAGUGGGCCCUACGAAUGGUGUGUACCCUGGCCCUUACUACCCAGGCUACCCAACUCCAUCAGGACAGUAUAUUUGUAGCCCUAUCCCUGCCAGCACUGUUAGCCCUGAGGAGAUGGAGCAGCACAUGAGAAACAUGCAGCAACAGGAGCUACACAGGCUUCUCCGGGUGGCUGACAACCAGGAACUACAGCUCAGCAACCUGCUCUCCAGGGACCGCAUCAGUCCGGAGGGCCUGGAGAAGAUGGCUCAGCUCAGAGCUGAACUUCUGCAACUGUAUGAGCGCUGUAUUCUAUUAGAUAUUGAGUUCUCUGAUAAUCAAAGUGUGGAUCAGAUCCUGUGGAAGAAUGCUUUCUAUCAGGUUAUUGAGAAGUUCAGGCAGCUUCUCAAGGAUCCAAAUGUUGAGAACCCAGAACAGAUUCGGAACAGACUUUUGGAGCUCCUAGAUGAGGGUAGUGACUUCUUUGAUAGUUUGCUUCAGAAGCUGGAGGUUACUUACAAGUUCAAACUGGAGGACUACAUGGACGGUCUUGCAAUUCGCAGCAAGCCAUUACGCAAGACAGUAAAAUAUGCUUUGAUCAGUGCCCAGCGAUGUAUGAUUUGCCAAGGAGAUAUUGCUAGGUAUCGGGAGCAAGCCAAUGACACAACAAACUACGGCAAAGCUCGCAGUUGGUACCUGAAGGCCCAGCACAUUGCUCCCAAGAAUGGGCGCCCCUACAACCAGCUGGCUUUAUUGGCAGUAUAUACGAGGAGGAAGCUUGAUGCUGUGUAUUACUAUAUGCGCAGUUUAGCUGCCAGCAAUCCUAUCCUGACUGCCAAGGAGAGUCUCAUGAGCUUAUUCGAAGAGACCAAACGAAAGGCAGAACAGAUGGAAAGGAAGCAACAUGAGGAAUUGGAGCUGAGCCCUGACCAAUGGCGGAAAGGAAAGAAGUCUACUUUCCAUCAUGUUGGAGAUGACACCACUCGCCUGGAGAUCUGGAUCCAUCCGUCCCAUCCCCGGUCCUCCCAGGGCACUGAGUCUGGGAAAGAUUCUGAGCAGGAGAAUGGUCUGGGCAACCUGAGCCCCAGUGAUCUGAACAAAAGGUUCAUCCUCAGUUUUCUCCAUGCCCAUGGGAAGCUGUUUACCCGGAUUGGGAUGGAGACAUUCCCUGCAGUGGCUGAGAAGGUCCUCAAGGAGUUCCAGGUGUUGCUGCAGCACAGUCCCUCUCCUGUUGGAAGUACACGUAUGCUGCAACUUAUGACCAUCAACAUGUUUGCUGUACACAACUCCCAGCUGAAAGACUGCUUCUUGGAGAAGUGUCGCUCUGUGAUCCAGGAGCAAGCCACAGUCCUAGGCUUGGCCAUGUUUUCGAUCCUGGUGCGGCGCUGCACCCAUUUACUUAAGGAGUCUGCCAAAGCUCAGCUGUCCUCCCCUGAGGACGAGGAUGACCAAGAUGACAUCAAGGUGUCUGCCUUCGUCCCAGACCUGAAGGAACUUCUCCCCAGUGUGAAAGUCUGGUCAGACUGGAUGCUUGGCCACCCAGAUACCUGGAAUCCUCCACCCACGUCCCUGGAUCUGCCCUCACAGGUUGCUGUGGAUGUGUGGUCGAUGCUGGCUGAUUUCUGUAACAUAUUGACUGCAGUCAAUCAGUCUGAAGUGCCACUGUACAAGGACCCAGAUGAUGACCUCACCCUUCUUAUCCUGGAAGAGGAUCGGCUUCUUUCAGGCUUUGUCCCCUUGCUGGCCGCCCCUCAGGACCCCUGCUACGUGGAGAAAACCUCGGAUAAGGUUAUUGCAGCCGACUGCAAAAGGGUCACAGUGCUGAAGUAUUUUCUGGAAGCCCUUUGUGGACAAGAAGAGCCUCUGCUGGCAUUCAAGGGUGGAAAAUAUGUGUCAGUGGCACCCGUCCCAGACACCAUGGGAAAGGAAAUGGGAAGCCAAGAGGGAAAACAACUGGAAGAUGAGGAGGAGGAUGUGGUGAUUGAAGACUUUGAGGAAGAUUCAGAGGCUGAAGGCAGCGGGGGCGAGGAUGACAUCAGGGAACUUCGGGCCAAGAAGCUGGCUCUGGCCAGGAAGAUAGCCGAGCAGCAGCGUCGCCAAGAAAAGAUCCAGGCUGUCCUGGAGGACCAGAGUCAGAUGAGGCAGAUGGAGCUCGAGAUCAGACCUUUGUUCCUCGUACCAGACACCAAUGGCUUCAUUGACCACCUGGCCAGUCUGGCACAGCUGCUAGAGAGCAGGAAGUACAUCCUGGUGGUGCCCCUCAUCGUGAUCAAUGAACUAGAUGGCCUGGCCAAGGGACAAGAGACAGAUCACCGGGCUGGGGGCUAUGCUCGUGUGGUGCAGGAAAAGGCCCGGAAGUCCAUAGAGUUCCUCGAGCAGCGAUUUGAGAGUCGGGACUCUUGCCUUCGGGCCCUGACCAGCCGUGGCAAUGAACUCGAAUCCAUCGCCUUCCGCAGUGAGGACAUCACUGGCCAGAUGGGUAACAACGAUGACCUGAUCCUCUCCUGCUGCCUCCACUAUUGCAAAGACAAGGCUAAGGACUUCAUGCCUACCAACAAAGAGGAGCCAAUUCGGCUGCUACGGGAGGUGGUGCUGUUGACAGAUGACCGGAACCUGCGUGUGAAGGCGCUGACAAGGAAUGUGCCUGUACGGGACAUCCCGGCCUUCCUCACAUGGGCCCAGGUGGGCUGAAGGGGCCGCACUGGGGCCCACCCCCACAGAACCAUUCCUGAGAGGCCAUCAGGCGCCCAGUGUAACACGGAAGAUGCCCGGGUGCCUGAGCCACCAGUCCACCCAGACAAUAAACCAUCCUCUUCCAACCCACUGUGGUCAUGCUCUGGGGGAGCUGCUCCUCACAGAGCCCUUCCCAAGGGUCGGGCAGAAGCUGCUGGGACUCUCCUGGGCUGCAAGAUUUAGCAGGAAGGUGGCUGGCUGCCGUGACAGCAGGUGGUGAGCCAGGCAGUGCCCAUGCUCUCCUCAGCCUUUCUCCCUCCCCAUUCUAGUUCAAGGGCAGGAGGGAAGGCCCUUUUAAUUCCAGGGACUCAGUCACUUUCUCAGCUGGAGGGGGGCAGGGGGUUGAGUUUCCAUCAAAUAUAGGUGAAAUCACAGGUCCUGUUAAUCUUCAGAACUCCUGUACUGAAUGUGUCCAAGAGCCUCUGAUGCUACCAUGAAGAGAGUGCCCAGGGUGUCUCCCCCUGAGGCCUGGAUUCCCCCAGGGACCCAGGUUGGGUUCUCGACACCAUGUCCCAAACAGCAGCCCUAGGCCCCCACCUCGUCUACCCCACUACCACCUGCCACACACAUCCAUCUUGCUUCUCUUCUUCCUGCCCUUCUCCAUCUCAGUCAAGUGCACUUUGCCCCUUGUUUUUCCCUGAGGUGGCCAUGGGUCUAGAGGAACGGGACAUCUGGUCUCAGGCCCGUGCUUCCUGGGUGGCCUUCACCUGCUCCCUCUCCCCUCCUCGGCCUUCCUUUCUCUGGUUCCCACUUCACAGAAUUUCCUCAGACUCUUCUCAGUUCUCCCCUCCCUUUCCCUGUCCUCUCCCGCUCCAAAGUCGUCCCUCUCACCCUCCUCCCCUUUCUAGGUGAUCCCUCUCACCUCCCUGGUCCCUCAGUUUUUUCACCUCAGUUCUACCACAGGGGUUUCUCACUCUGAAUCUUCUCCUCCGCUUCCUGUGGCAGGAAUUUAAUAAACCUUUUAUCGCUCAUAACUUUCUUUUCCAGGCCCCUGUGCUCAAGAAACUUCCAAGCCUGUAUAGCCCAUCCUGAGGGUAGUGUGUGCCAGAGCCUAGGAGGAGCAGUGCCUAGCCUGGAGUCUACACCCUGUUUCUAGCUUUGCCCCAGAACUGGGGCCCUUUGGCCUUUUGAGUUUUUGUUGCCUUUUUAGCUGGUACCUGUGUACAAAGUCUCACUCAGGAGGCUUCCUCCUGGGAAUGCAAUUCUCCCAGCCCAGGGACAGGGAUGAGAGGGACUCAGGGGGAGACAGGUUUUUGAGGACCCAAGAGUAAAUUUUGAUGGGACCAGCAGGGAAAAACCCAGAACACCCUGACUGUACAGCCCACCCAAAGAGCAAGGCUGUGCCCUCCCUCAAGACCCAAGAUUAUGCCAGGAGGUGGGAAAGGGGGUGCUGUGCAGGAAAACAGUGGCCAAUAGUUUCAGGGUAUGAAUACCCCAGGAAUUCAGAAGACUGGGCUUUUUGGGCUACAAGUUUCCCCCGUCUCUCCUUGGAGAUCCUCUCCCGUGGAUGAAGGUUGAUGACUGGGUGGGUAGGUGGAUGGGAGACCCAUCUCUCCUUUCUGUCCCAUUUGCAGCACUGGUUUGGUUUCCUUAAUAAAUGUUUAGUUAUGAAACAUA